UUAUCCAUGUUUUUAGUGCUACUUUAAAUCGGAAAACAAAAAACUAAUAAAACACAAAUCCAAUGUUCGGAUUUCAUGCUUUGAUUCGAUAUAAUAGAAUCCAAUGUAUUAUUUUUUUGUUAUUAAAACAGUAAAAAAGUAUCAUAUACAAUUUUAGAGUAGUGGAUUUUUUUUAAACACUAAUAGAGUAGUGGAUUAACACGAUUAAACGAGUACUUGCCAAUCAAAAUGAAAGUUAUUAUUACUAAUGAUAAAACGACAUUAUUACAUAUACAUGACAGAAAGUUGAGACUACCCAUCCAUAUCAUUUUGAUAUUAUAAAAAGAAAAUCUGUUCCAAGGAUAAUUACUUUGAUCAUGGCCCAAAUCAUUCCCACCCAUGGAAAAGAUGAUCAUGCCAUCAAACCUUUUUUUCAAAAAAUAAAUAAAGGUUAGAACCCACAUCAAACUAAAAAAUUAAAGAAAUCAACCAUUUUCUUCUUUCAAACCAAUAACAUAAAUAUUUGAUCAAUCAACAAAUCCUCAGCCUGCAAAUCCUCAGAGCCAAAAUCUUUGUAUACAAAAAUAAACACUAUGGAACUAUCUCUAGCAUUAACAUCAACAGAUCAUCAUCAUCAGGUUAACAAUAAUCCAUCACCUUCAGAAGCACAUCCAGACACUAUGGACUUUCUAUCUCGAGAAUGGUGUAAUUUUGCUGUUCAGUCGCUUCAGCCCGACCAUAUUAUCUACGACCGUUCCAUUGUCCCCGUAGGGACAUCAAUCGCCAGGUUUCAAGGGGACUUAAGUCUUGUUCCUUGUGGUACGAUGGAUAAGAGUAUGAAGAUGGACGAUCCAGAUUUUAAGCCCUCGAUGCCUUCAUGGAAAACCAAUGAUGUCAAGUCAUGGAUAUGGAUGCAACAAGCAAUGCAUCCGGAAUUGAGCUACGAUGGCUUCUUCCGCAAGAAACUUAAACUUCCUUGGAAGAUUACACCAUCGAUAAAGAAAUGGUGGAAAGAGAUUAAGGCCAAACGAAAGGAAGAAGUGAGGCUACAGAGAGCUGAAGUCCACGCCGCCGUUUCAUUAGCCGGUCUGGCCGCCGCCCUCGCCGCGAUAGCUUCAGAGAACGCAGGAAAAGACGGUGGAAAUGGUCGACCAACAACUAAAGUGACAGCCGUGGCUUCUGCAGCCGCUGUGGUGGCGGCACAGUGUGCUGAGAUGGCAGAGACAAUGGGAGCAAACAGAGACCAGCUCAGCACAAUGAUUGGUUCCGCUAUGACUGGGACAAGUGUUAGUGAGAUACUCACUCUCACUGCCUCAGCUACAACUUCCUUGAGAGGUGCUGCGACGUUGAAAGCAAGAAGAAGUUGCAAGAUCAAUAGAUUGAACGGCUCUGCGCCUGUGUUACCUAUUGAAGACUCCUCUGAUCUGCCUCCUGAAUUUGACAAGAACACGUCCCUUCUUGCUCAAGGAACCGAUCUCUUCGUUGAGACACCAGAUGGUGAUUUCAAGGUUAGGACAGUGUCUAUGAUCUUAAACAAGGAUGCAAAGGUGAUACUCAAAAUGAAGAAACAUAACCUACUCAGGACUAAGAAAGAAUGUAUUGUGACGAAUGUUCACGUGGAGCUUUAUAAAGAUUCGGAGACUGAAGAGAACAACAUGGAGGACACUUGUUAUCUCAUUGUCCUGAAGACGAACAUAGGAGCUAUCAAAAUAGACAUGGCGGAUGAUUACGCUCGUUAUAAGACAUGGGUCACAACGGUUCAACACAUGCUCGCUCUUUCUUGUUCUUCUUCAUUCCAUACAAAUUACGAUCUCACUUUCUACAACAAAAACUGAAUUUUCUUUUACUUGUCAUUGUUCUUCAGUUUCUCUAUGUAUUUUACUUUAAUUUGCAUGUUUUUAUUUUAUAUCCUCCUCUACUUC